AUGAGAACGCAAAGUGAAAUAAUAAAACCACUAACUCCUCUUAGAAGAAUACCUAAGAAUAGAGGAACUGUUGUAAGAAACGUAAGUGACGUAAACCCACUAUCAGAAAAAGAAAUAAAAAAUGUCAUAGAGGUAUAUUCAGAAGCUAAUAAAGCUUAUUAUAAAAAUCACAUUAAAAAUGAAAAAAACAAAAACAAAAACAAAAAAAAAAAGAAAAAAAUAAUUUCAAAAAAAACUAAAAGUGAAGAAUUUGAUUCAUUGUGUCUCAACCCAUUAGAAUACAGAAAUAAAAAAUUUGAGGAAAACGGAACUCUCUUACAUCUACCAGGAUCUAGUGUUACUCCAAAAUAUGUAUCUCAUAAUCCAAAUACAGAAUAUGGAGUAUCAUCACUAUCAUAUGUAACACUCCAUAAAUCUAAUCCAUUAUCGUGGGGAUUUGAUUAUAAAAAGCACUAUGAACUUCCAACUAUAUGCUCAAUUGUAAAGUCAAAACAUCCUAUUUAUUCAAAGCCUAAUGAUAGGAAAAAAAAGCAGAAAUACCCAAAUCUUUCUAAAAGCAAAACUAAAAAAAAAAAAGAUAAGACGCUAGAAAAAAAUGAUGAAAACCUAAUAAUUAAAAAGGUUCCCACUUUUGGUAAUUAUAAAGAAUAUGAGAUUUCAGAUUGCUCAGAGGGCAAAAAUAAAAGCAAUGAAGAAUUAAAUGAAUGUAUUAAAAAUAUUGAAAAUUCUAUUAAAGGUAAUGAUAAUUUAGAUACAUUUAACGAAAAUUUGGACAUUUCAAGUCAUUAUCCUGAUUCGAAUGAAGAUUCAAAGAAUAAUUUAAGUAAUUAUAAAUUAGUAAAUGGAAUAAAAAUUAUAGAAAAUAAUAAUGAUAAUUGUAUAACUCCACUCAAAAAAGAAUAUAAUAAAAUAGAAAGCAAAAAUAAAAAUACUGAUAAUGAUUAUAAAAAAGAAAGUAUAAUGCAUAAAAUCAGUGAAUUAAAUCUCGUUCAUUCUAAAAAUGAAAAUAGCCUAAAUAUUUAUCCCACUCUUUCACCUGAUAGAAUUUUAUCUAACUCAACUUUAAUGGAAUUCAAAUUUCUAAAUAUAGGAUUAAAUAAUUCAAACAAUCAGCAUAUGAAUUACAAUAAUUGUGUGCUAGAAUGCUCAAAUGAUUCACGUAUUAAUAAUAAAUCAUCUUGUAACAACUUAAAUGACACACCUUCACACAAAGAAAAUUAUCAGGAUGCUAAUUACUGGAAUGGUGAAAAACAUAAAAAUGAUAUACCAAACUAUUCAACUACAGAAGAUUUUAAGUCAAAACCAAAAGUUAGAAUAAAUCCAAAAUUAUCAAAACAAAAAGAAAGUUAUUAUGAAUAUUCAGAAGAAGAAUCAGACAAAAAUUCAAAAAAAAGUUCAUCCAUUAAACAUAAAAAGUAUUCCAGAACCAAAGAAAAAAACUAUAAAAGUAGCAUUAAUGGAUCAAAUAGAAAUAAUAAUGAUAAAAAAAAUAAAAAAAAAGCAAAAAUAUUCGAAAUGAAUAAUUCUCUAAAUAAUAAUUUAAAUAAAGAAACUAAUUCAUCAAAUGAAAUCUUUCGUAAUCAGAAUAAAAACAAAUAUAGUAAGAAGUAUUCGAUGCAUAGUAAUGAUUCAAGAAAAGGUCAGUCAGUCAGUAACAAUAAAAGAAAUUAUACAUCACAUAACAAUAUAAAUUCUAAAUAUAAUUCUCAAAAGAAUUUAAGUAUGAAUUUCUCUAAUACUACACAUCCUAGGUCUAAAGAAUCACAAUGUGCUAAUAUUAAAACAUCUAAUAACAUUAUUGCAAACAAUCCAUUAAUUCAGAAGUCUUUAGAAAUACAACAAAGUCAAAUAUACAAAACAGAAAAUUUACCUAAUGAACAAUCAUAUAUGCAAAAGGAAGUAACAUAUGUGCAUAGAAAUCUUCCCAUAAAUCAAAUGAAAAUAAAUAGUAGAGAGGAAGCACAUAUACCUAGCAUACAAGUAUAUACACCACUUAUUCAAGCAAAUAUGCAUGAAGCACAAUCUAUUACACAUAAUACACAAGCACAAAUGCUACAUGAGCAACAAACACAUAAAUUACAAAACCAGCUAUCUCCAAUACAAGCCGAAUUAACUCAUAUUCAAACACAUAUACCACAAUGCGAAACAAAGAUAUAUCAACCAAACUCACAUUUGCCUCAUAUUCAAACAAAUGUAGCUGAACAACAUAUUAUACCUCAAGUACAACUACAAAUACCUCAUGUAAAAUCACAGAUAUCUCAAAUUCAAAACCAAAUACUUCAAAUACCAACCGUAAUAUCUAAAAUGCAAUCACCAAUGUAUCAAAUACAAAACCAAAUUCCAAUAAAUCAAACACAUACACAAAUUCCUCCAAUGCAAAAUCCAAUUCAAUUGCAAACUCAAGUUCCUCAAUCACAACCCCAAAUACCCGAAGUUCAAACUAAAUUUCCCCAAUCUCAAAUCCCAACUCCCCAAAUACAAACUCAAAAUCUUCAGAUACAAAAUCAUACAUCUCAGUUGCAUACACAAGUACCACUAAUGCAAAAAUCGAUAAUCUCAGAUCAAGUACAAUUAUCUCAAGUACAUACAAAUGAAGAGUUAAAAUCACCUAAUAAGUUAUGCAACUUAGUAGAAUUAUCGAAACGAUGUUUAGAUUUAAAAAAUUAUAACAAUGCUUAUAGUUUAUGUAACAUUCAAAAUCAAGGUGAAUAUAAUAUAGAAAACUGUUUUGUUAAGUCAUUUAACCCCAAUAAUACUUCAUAUAAUAGAGUAAUAAGCAAUGUAAAUAACUUAGAAAACAACCUAUAUAUGCAAAAUAACUCUGUAAAUUCAUUAAGCGAAUGCAACAAAAAUACAGAUAGUACAAAAAUGAAUAAUAUAAAAGGAAAAUGCAUAGAGCAAAUUAAAACUCUUGAUUCAACAAUCAAUUUCGUAAGAUCAGAAAAUGAAAUUCCUUGGCUUAAAUCCUAUAUAGAUAUACAGAGUCCAACUAUAAAAAAUAGAAUUUCAAAUAUGAAUUAUUUAAGUGUAGAUUUCAAUGAUGGCAAACAAAAUGUAAAUUGUAACACAUAUAACUCGGAUGAAAUUUUAGCAAAUCAUCAAAAUUUUCAAUUAUUUAAUAACAAUACUUACAAACCCAAUAAUUCCCAACUAGAGCUAAACAAAAAUGGUAUCAAUCAAAUAGAUGUAUCACAUAUAAUUAAAGCAUCAAAUGAAAAUCUAAUUAAUUUACAAAAUAAACAAUUAUUAAAUAUUCUACAUGAAGAAAGUAAUGGUAAAUCAAACGCUACUAAAAAUAUAAUAUAUCACGGAAAUGAUAACUUAAAUGUGCAAAGACAAAGUAAUAUAAAUGAAAACUCUCAGAACUUUUUAGAUAACACAAAUAAACAUGUUUCAUGUAUGAACUAUAUAAAUGUAAAAGAUUUUUCAGAAAACUUUUUAAAUAAAACAAACAAUAUAAUUAUACCUUCUAUACCUAACGAAAUAAUCAACAAAAAUCAAUUGGUACAAAACAAUAUAAAAAAAACGGAUUAUUUAAACUAG